UGCACAAAGGGAGUGAUCGAGAUGAAGCAAGUUGGGUCCCAAAAUGUCAUGAAUUGCAAGGUUUUCAACGCUUGUUUUGUUUAAUAUGAAAUCCAUUGGAGGACGGUUUGGUUUCCGUAAGCAUCUUUUUAAAGCUCGAAGACCAAACUCUUUCAAGACCUCCAAUGGCAAUGGCGAUGACCGGCACAAAUUGCAGAUCUCCUCCUUUUGCCCUAAAUUCUGUUACAUCUCUUCAAACUAAGCCUCUGAGCGAAGUUUUUAUGCUCAAACCUGCAAAAUUUUCACUCAAUAGAACUCUCACUCUCCAAAUUACAUGUUCUUUAAAGAACAACGUGGUUUUCGAGGAUCGUUCUAAUGGUGUGAUUUGCUACAGAGACGACGAUGGAGAGAUUAUUUGCGAAGGAUAUGAUGACGAAGAGCCUCGUAUUGAGGAAGAGAUUGAGAAAUUACCUUGCGAAAAGUCUCGUCGAAGAUCUGAUGGCGAAUUGAAGAUCGAUCGUCUUCUCCUUCAGCAAAAUUGGGAGAAGAGCUUAGAAACCAUUAAUGGCGGUGCUGGGAGUGGAAGAGGAGAGCUUCGAAUUCGAGCGAAUGGCUGCAGUUUGUAGUAAUUGCUUAGCUCAAGAACUGGAAAUUGCAGGUCAAAUGAAAGGGGAAAUUGUGGUUUCCCUGUUUAGAAUUUGUAUAAUUUUACCUCGAUCAUAGGCUCAUGGCUUCGCUUAGAUUGUAAACAUAGCAUACAAUAAAUUGUAAAAAAUCCUAAAAACUCCUUUGUUGUAAUAAUGUAAAUUAUUUGCAGCGACUAAAAGCUCGGAAAUGUCUGUAAAGAUCCCAAGCUUACUGCUAACAGAUAUCGUC